GGAAAAAACUGCUUCAUCAAAUUAUUUACUUUUAUAUCCUGAUUGCGGCUUCUGACGAUGGUUGCCCUAGAAUGUAAUUAAGCCCUUAUAUAUUACAGAGGCUAUCAAGAUCUAUCGCCAAAGGAUCAUCAACAAGCAUAAAGCUGAGCACCACACCACGCCACACCAUGGCCACCCCGGCCAGUCGAAUGCUACGCCUGCUGCCAUUGCUGGUCCUCCUUGCCAUGGUCCUUGCGGCAACGGCAGAUGAGGAGCAGCAGCUUCCUAUCACGCUUCCGGGCUGCCCCGACAAGUGUGGAGACGUCAGCAUCCCCUACCCCUUCGGAAUCAAAGCCAACUGCUUCCUUCCGGGCUUUGAGGUCGUCUGCAAUGAAACCCUCACCCCCCCUCGCCCCUUCCUUGCUGCCGACGAGCCGAUUUCCAAUGGAACGACGGCUACAAGGCCGUACAUGAUGGCUUCCAACUACUACUAUGAACCACAACGUCCGCUUCAGUUGAUCAACGAGUCUCUGUCGCCGGUGGAGCUCAUGGACAUAUCAGUGUCCCAGGGGCAACUGCGCGUCCAUGGCGCGUUCAGCUUCGAUUGCAGAAUAAAUCAGACCUACCACUCGACGAGAGUCCAGCUCGUGUAUCUCCCGAUGGCGACAUCAUUCCUCGUCUCGCAAGAGAGGAACGUCCUGUUGGUCAUCGGGCGCAAGGUCGAAGCCAGUAUGCCUGUGCCACUCGAUUGUGGUACAACCCUUGGAGUAAGGACCGCGGGGCGGUGCUUGGGGAAGGGCUGGUGCCAGGGGGACAUACAGGUGAACACGCGUGGCAGCAAAGUGGAGAUCAAGCCCGGAGCCAAUUACAUCGACUGGCCUACCAGCCCAUGCUCUUACGGCAUGGUGGUGGACAACUCCUGGUACAACUUCUCAGAGCAGGACCUUGAUGGUGACAGCUUCUUGCGGAGGAACGAGGAGAGGGGCGUCCCCAUCGUGCUGCACUUCACCAUCAAGGACAUUGAGUGCCCGGCAGAGGGCGAGCCGCCACCCGUUGGUUACGCCUGCGUCAGCAACAAUAGUGAGUGUAUCGAUGGGCCUAUCCUCCCCAGCCACUACUGCAACUGCUCCGAUGGGUUCCAUGGCAAUCCUUACAUUCCCGAUGGAUGCAAAGACAUCGACGAGUGUAAGCAGCCAAAGCUGUAUCCUUGCUACGGGAAAUGCAAGAACACGCCAGGAGGCUACGAGUGUACUUGCCCCACUGGAAAGAGAGGUGAUCCUAAAGCAGGGCAUUGCACCGAUAUAUUUCCUCCGGCAGCAAAGGUGUCUCUAGGUGUCAUUGGUGGUCUUUUUCUCAUGGCAGUUUUAGCCUUCUAUGUGCUUCUUCGCCGAGAAAAAAGGAAGAUGAGAGACUUUUUUGAAAAGAAUGGGGGUCCUACUUUAGAAAAGGUAGAAAAUAUAAAGAUCUACAAAAAGGAGGACCUCAAGCCAAUUCUAAAAAGCACCAAUAUUGUUGGACAUGGAGGCUUCGGUGAAGUUUACAAGGGCCUUCUUGAUAAUACACUAGUUGCAGUAAAGAAGCCUAUUAGUAGUGGUAAUGUGGCACACAACGAACAAUUUGCAAAUGAAGUCAUUAUCCAAUCUCAAGUCAAUCACAGGAACAUUGUUAGGCUCAAAGGUUGUUGCCUAGAAGUUGAUAUCCCAAUGCUGGUCUAUGAGUUUCUCCCCAAUGGUAGCCUCCACGACAUUCUUCACAGUAAUGACAAAGUACCUCUCGACUUGGAUAGACGUUUAAGUAUUGCUGCAGAAUCAGCAGAUGGUUUAGCUUAUAUGCAUUCAAAAGCCAAUCAUAAAAUCCUACAUGGGGAUGUGAAACCGGCCAAUAUACUAUUGGAUGAUAACUUCAUACCAAAGAUAUCUGACUUUGGCAUAUCAAGGUUGAUUGCGACAGAUAAACAGCACACCAAUUAUGUAAUUGGUGACAUGACAUAUAUGGAUCCAGUAUAUUUACAGUCAGGCCUUCUAACUGACAAAAGUGACGUCUACAGUUUUGGAGUUGUGCUCUUGGAACUCAUAUGCAGGAAGAAGGCCACACACAAAGAUAAUAACAGCAUAAUCAGGGAUUUUCUUCAAGCUCACAAAACGGAUAACAGAGCAAAUGAGUUAUUUGACAAGGAAGUUGCAAUAGCAAGCAAUAUGGAACACCUUAAUUGUGUUGCAGUGAUUGCUGUGGAAUGCCUGAACCUUGAUGUGAAUCAAAGGCCACAUAUGACAGAUGUAGCUGAACGUCUUCUUGUGUUGAAGAGAUCAUUACGUCGUGAAUAGAAUAACAAGGCAAGUGCCAAAAAGAUUAUGGAUGUUCUACUGUGGCCAACAAGCAUGUGGAAUAAGAUAAGCAACUACCAGUGUGGUUAUAUUUUCUUUUUCCUUUGGUCAUAAUUCUUAUCAGCUAGCCCUGUUUCACUUUCUGGAAGGAUCUUCAAGUUUGGACCAAGUUUGUGUUACACCGUAUCGCAUUAUGUAUAUUUUUGCACUCAUAUUAUAUCCUCCUGGUCAUGCAAUACCCUAUACUACCGAACACAUCAAUAUGUUUGCACUCAUAUUAUAUUUGUAUCUACGGCGUCACUAGAUGGCAUCUUGACUUACAUA